AUGUUCAAGAGAUUUUCCACUCCUAUUUUGAAGCCAUACUGGCCAUUUUUCGUAGGCGGAGUUGCCGUUUACUGGGCUGUUGGCAAAGCCGCUAGCGCUUCUGCUCAAACCUCUGAAUUCAUCAAUGAUCCCAGAAACCCACGUUUCGCCAGGGGCGAAAAGCCUGUGGAGUUGAAAUAA